AUGGUCGGGGAGCCGUAUGCCAGCCGCCGCUUCACCCACGCGGGCUGGCCGCUGUGCCAACGCGGCCUGGUGCUGGUGCAGCUGUCUGCGUUGGACUGGCGGCAGCUCCAGCCUGGUGACUUCUACCUGCAGCUGGCUCCCCCGCCGCCGUCGCCGUCAUCGUCACCGCUGGGCCGCGGGGCCCGCCUGCUGCUGAAGUGGCCAGGCGCUGAAGGGCCGGUCUCCGAGCUGGUGGACGAGGCCUCGUACCCGCACCUCUUCACCGCCGAGUGGCUGGACGGAGUCAACCGUCGCCUGGCCCGCGGCGACAGCGGCCACCGCCUGCUGGAGUGGUGCCUGGCGGCGGAGGGAGGCCGGCUCCAGCGGCUGCCCUGGAGGAGGGUGAUCUACCCGCAACUGGAACCCGAGGGCGGGCCCGGACGUGAGCCUGGCCCCCGCCCGCCCGCCGUUGGCACGAGGAGACGCCCGUCCGGCGACGGGGCCGACGCGGAGCCGCGGGCUGAGGCCGCCCUCAAGCGAGGCCUCGGCAAUGGGCAGGAAUCGGGUGGGGACAACGGCGCACCGGACGGCGAGGUUUACUGCUCGGGCGCGGGCAGCGACGACCCCGAAGGUGGCGAUGAGGGUGAGUACGUGGAGCUCUCGGAGGCUUCCCCGCAGCGGGGGCCGGCGUUCCCACGCUGGCGCCGCGCUUGCACAGGGCCGGCAGCGGUUGCCACGACGCUGCCGGCCCCCGGUGGGCGCCGUCGACGGUCUGGCGCGCAGGUGCGGCGCGGGGCGUGGCUGCAUCGUCGCCAAAGGCGGCAGCCUGACAGCGGCAGCGGGAGCAAGUGGAAAAGCGGCGGGAAGGCCCCGGCAAGGUGCCGCAGCUCUCCUGUCGACGGCGGGAGGGCUCGUCGCCAUCGGCGACCGGAGGAAGGCCCUGAUGGCGAGGAAUGGGUUCGCCGCCUGGCCCAGGUGGAGCUCGCCGGAGGGAAGGAGGGCCUGUUGCUAGGGGCGACCGGCCUCGCUGACCUCGCCUGGAGGGAGUCGCUGGCCCUGGAGGGCGCGGGGGACCUCUCCGAGUCGACCCAGUUGGAAGUCGGCCCCAAGCCUGGCUAUGAAGGCACGGGAUUGGUUGAGGCUUCCAUGCAUUCAUUGGCGGAAAUGGAUAUCUCACUGUGCAGAGCUGAAUGGCGAUUGGUGGAAGUGUGCGAAUCUGAAGUGGGGGCCGAAAGCUCGUUGGGUGCUAGAGGAGCAUCAGACGCAGGGAUCGAACUCUCUGGGCUGGCGUCGACACAAACUGUGGUCGAUCAAUCGUCAGUUUGCCGCAGCUCAUCCUUAACUGGGAGCCAGCGAUCAUUGGCUGAAGGGAUCUCCCCAAAACCCGGGGCUUGCCGAUCAUUGGCUGAAGGGAACUCACCAAAGUCUGCGGCCAAACAGCACGCACUAACGUUUGGGAAUGACCCAUCAUCGGACCGAAAGCAAACUGGAAGUGAACUGCCUUUGGAUGAAAAGGGCUUGCCAGCGGCGGUGACUGAGAUACCACUAUCUCCGGAAAGCACGGUAGAACCUGGGUCUAAACACUCAGUACCUUCGGCUAGAAAGAGCGGACUGAAAACUGGCACAAGUCAGGGAACCUCACCAGAAACUCAACAGUCACUGGCUGAGGAGGGGCUGCUGACAACGGGGACUGAACGCUCACUGGCUAAUCCAGAGGUUUCAGCAGACCAACACUUAUCUGAGCAGUUUGCCAUGGAAACUGGCUCUGGGCAAGUGACGCCAGAACGGGGUUCGGUUCAGAGGGCCGUGGUAACUGGGACAGAGUGCUCAUUGGCUGCUCGGGGUCAGCUAUCGACCAGGGAUCAACAGCCAUUGGCUGAGAGGGUUGCGGCAAACACAGGGACUGAACGCCCAUUGGCUGAGAGGGUUGCGCCAGUCAUUGGGAUUGAACAGACAUUGGCUGGGAGCCGGGUGGAUUGUUCGCUGGGCGGGCGCGAGCCCUCCACAGCCGGGCCCCCGGUCCCGCUGGCAGGUUCAGACUCGUCACCACAAGGGUCACAACUUGAGCAGUGGCAGCCUGCCGGGGGCUCAGAGCGCCGUCCACUGCUCGCAGGCCAGACACAGAGGCCCACCGCCGCUCCAGAGGGUGGGGACGAGACCCUGUUGGACCCUCAGCGCGGUAAGGCAAGGCCCACAGAUGCCGGGAAGUCACCCACCCCCACAGUCCCGGGCCUUGCGUCAGCAUGGAAACGCCAUGAGGACGAGGAGGACAGCGAGGUGGAGCCAGCUCUACACAACCACAGGGGUGAUCAGACAGCACGUCAGGAGGCCAGAGAACAAGGGACACACUCUGAGAAAGUACCCCAAGGGGAGCAGAGCAACAGUUCCACUGAGGAAGGUCCCUGUAGUGUUCGUCCGUCCGGAGACAAGGGAGGUGGAAAGGAUUCGCCACGCCAAGCUCCCAGUGUGCCAGCCUAUCAUAAGACUAGAAGCAUGACGCUCCCACUGCCCGGUAGGGCUGCCCAACAACUGUCCAAAGUCUCUUGUCCCAGGUGGUCUGAGGUCUCCGUACCACCAGCAGCCAUCACCUUGUCUCAAUCCUCUGAGGUCUCCUCACCUCAACUACCUGAGGUUUCCUCAUCUGAACCUUCUAAAGUCUCCUCACCUCAGCUGCCUGAGAGUUUAACAUCUUCAAUCAAAGUUCCCUCACCUCAACUCUCUGAGGUUCCCUCAUCUCAACUUUCCAAACUCUCCUCCCCUCAACUGCCUGAGGUUGCCUUAGCUCAAUCUUCUGAGGUCCCGUCACCUCAGCUUCCUAAUGCCCCCUCACUACAGCUGCCAGAGGUUCCCUCACCCCUAUUGCCUGAAGUCACCUCAUGCCGAGCGUCCGAGGUCCCCUCACCUCCACUGCCCCAGGUCCCCUCACCAGCAACAGGCAACGUCCACUCACCGCAGCCGCCUGAUGAUGCUUCCUGUCAAACCGCUGAGGUCUCACCACAGCCCCUGGGUGGCAUUCCCUCACCCCAUCUCCCUGAGGUUCUCACGCCUCGACCGUCUGAGGUCUCCGCUCACCCACUGCCGCAGGAUCAGGCCGCCACUGGAAGAGAAAAUAGUGAUGCCGCAGAGGAGAGUGAGCCCCUUGGCCUCGAUGGAGACCUCGCUGUAGACCCAUGCCCUGCAGCUUCGCUCAAGGUGGACCUGGAUGUGCUUCGCUCUGAGGUCCUGUCUCUCCCAGGGAGCAGGGACAGGGACGGCCGAGCUCUGGUCAUCGUCACAGCGAGGAACCCCGAACCGCAGGACCCCAGGUGCACCAGCGCACAGCUGGCGGGGGUCCUCCUCUACCUCUACUCCAUCUCAAGGAAGGAGACGCAAGAGAGGGGUCUCAGGGUGCUGAUGGACGUUCGUGUCAGCUGGCCGGCAGCUGCGAUCUGGAAAGCCCUUGAUACCUUCCAGCAAACUGUCCCCGGGGGAAUUCACUCCGUUCUGGUGCUGAUGGGAAAAGAGCGUCCGAUACCCAAGAAGCUGCCACCGGGCCUUCAGGUGGAGGCCCUCCCCUCCCUCCAGGCCCUACAUGAGCGGGUGGAGCCUGCCCAGCUGACGGCACCCUUCGGCGGAAGUUUCCGGUACAGCCACCAGAAGUGGGUGCGGUUUCGGCUGAGCCUGGAGUCGUUGGUUCAAGCCUGCAGAACCUCCAUUCAGUUCCUGCGCAGCACAACCUUCCAACUGGAGGCAAAGCGGCUCCCCGAGAACGAGAAGGAGGUCGCCACCUUCAUUGAGGAGGAUCAGCUAUUAAUGAGACGCGUGCUGCAGGACACUCGACUGACUGGACUUCAGCAGGAAGGAGCCGCUAUCCUGGUGAAGCUGAAGAGGGAGAUGGUCACCAACAGUGGCCUGGAGGAUCACAGGGAUGCCAUGAAGACCACCUGUGCCCUCUACGAACAGGUGGACGAGGAGGUGCAUCGCCUGGUGCAGGUGUCCAACCAGCGACUGAAGGACCUGGAGGGCCUGGCUGAGUUCUGGUGGUUCGAAGGCCAGUUCCAAGAGGUCUGCGUCUGGCUGAGGGAGGUGGGGAAGCCACAGCUGGAGAAGGGCAAGGAGAUGGAGGAUUCGCUGCCCGCGCUGUGCAAGAGGCAGCAGGAAUUCCGGGACUUCAGCCGCACGGCACUGGAACACAGCCAGAGGGCACAGCGACUCCUUCAGGGAAUGGCCCACUGGGACCUGGAGGUCUCCUCUCGUCUCCAGCCCUACGCCGACAAGCUAAGGGAUUACCGGUCGCUGGUGACCCAGUUCACCGAACGGUUGGAGCACCAACGGCUUCACAUCGAGAGGACAAUCCGGCUCCAUGAGUUCUUCAGGCUGGCCUACAGCUGGUGCCCAGAGAGCCCACAGACUCCAGGAGGGAUGAGCCCAGAGCCAGGCCCAUCAGCAGAUGACCUCCAGCAGCCCCCGCCCCACCCUGACUCCCGCUUGUGGGAUCUGGCCAAGGUCCUGGGCGACCGGCGACUGCUGGACCACUGGCCUCUCGGCUGGGCUGGUGACCGCGAGGGGCACUUGGCCACCAGCCCUGGGCCUCAUACCGGUGGGGGUGGGAGACCCCCGCCCUCUGCUAGCCCCAGGAGGGGCCCUGAGGGCUCGGCCAGCCUGCAGGGCAGCAGCACUCCCUGGCCAGAAUGGAGAGCCGUUCCACCGCCCCUCACCCCCUGGCUCAGCGCCUGGUCAUUGAGUGGCAGCCCUGAGCACCCACCCCCCUCCUCCCCUUCCUCCCCCUCUCAAUACCCCCGCCACUCCUUUUCCUCCUCUUCCUCCUCCUCGCCGGACGUCUGGGCACCCCGCCCCCUCAGCCCCCUGAGUUCUAGCGCAGAGGGCAGGUGGCGGGACCCAGCGGGGCCCCUCAAAAAGGCCCAGAGUUUCGAGCUGGCCCCUCCGCCGUCCCCAUCACGGGGAGGGGCCUGGCCCAAGAAGGCCGGUGUUGCGCCGUCAAGGGCAGCUCCGGGAGUUCUCAUCCGAGGGCUGGAGGUCAGCAGCACCCAGCUCGUGGACCGUACCUGCUCUCCCAGGGAGCACGUCAUGCUGGUGCGAAGGGGGGAGAUCCAGGCCGAGGCCCCCUGGGGUGGAUCCCCCAUCCUGGAGCUGCCAGCCAAGAGCAGAGCCCGCCGUGCCCUGACCGAGGCCCUGCUGGCAGAGCGGGAGUACGUCGGCUCACUGGAGCUGGUCCUGGAGAGUUACCGGCCGGAGCUGGACCGGCCGGAUGCCCCGCCCGACCUGCGGGGCAAGGCAGGGCUGCUGUUUGGCAACCUGGAGAAGCUGCUGGCUUUCCACAGGGAGCGCCUGCUGCCCGAGAUGGAGGGGUGCGCCGCCUGCCCACUCCGCCUCGGGGAUGCUUUCCUCCGCCACAAGGAGCAGUUCGUGCUGUAUGCCCUGUACAUGAAGAACAAGCCCCAGUCGGAUGCCCUCCUCACCAGCCACGGCAACGCAUUCUUCAAGAGGAGGCAGCUGCUGCUACGGGACAGGACGGAACUGGCCGGCCACCUGCUGAAGCCCGUCCAGCGCCUGGUCAGCUACGGCCUGCUGCUCAGGGAGCUGCUGGCGGAGUGCGGCGAGGACGCGGGGCGGGACAGGCUCAGGCUGCAGGCCGCCAUCGACAUGGUUGACUUCCAGCUGCGCCAUGGCAACGACCUCCUCGCCAUGGACGCCAUCCGGGGCUCUGACGUGAAUCUGAAGGAACAGGGGGGGCUUCUCCGUCGGGAUCAUUUCUCCGUUUGCUGCGGCCGGCGCAAAUCUCUGCGCCACGUCUUCCUCUUCGAGGAGCUGGUUGUCUUCACCAAGUGGAAACGGGCGGAGGACGGCUCCGAGUCCUACGUCUACAAAUCAUCUCUGAAGACGGCGGAGAUGGGGCUGACCGAGAACAUCGGGGACUCUGGGCUGCGUUUCGAGCUGUGGUUCCGGCGCCGAAGGUCGAACGAGGCCCUCGUCUUCCAGGCCGAGUCACCAGCGGUGAAGCAGGCCUGGACACAGGACAUCGCCCGCAUCUUGUGGCGCCAGGCGUCCCGGAACAAAGAGCUGCGGCUGCAGGAGAUGGUUUCCAUGGGGAUGGGGAGCAAAGUGUUCCUGGACCUGGCAGCCUCUGACGGUUCCCUUGACCAGAGUGGGCCCAGGAAGGGGAAGGCGGCGCCAGAGUGAGAGGACGGGCAGACGCUCGGAGCAAGUCGGAAAUGGGAGCGAGAAGUGUCCGUGGGAUUGAGAUGCCUGGGUGGGGCCCGGACUGUAACACCCCACCCCUGCCCAUGCACUGACUCCAGUGGGCGAUCCUGGCAAUCGGGCGCGAGGGAGGUUGACUGACCGGCCUCCCUCGUUACUUCCCCUCCAUCCCCGUGGACUUUCUCUGGGAAUCAAAGGCAAAUCAGCAGAGUGGGGACCAAGACCCUUCCUCCCUCGCCCUCCGAAACCCCAGUGGACAAUCCUAGGGAGAUGAGGAGGAAGGAAAUCAGCAGAGGCACCCUCACGGACGACCAGAUCCCCCCUCUCCUCACCUCUCUGGGCAACCACAUCAGCUGGAGACAAGGACCAUUGGCAGGGAUGUCUCAUUGAGGACCAGAUUCCGCCUCCCCAGCGGACAAUCCAGGGAAUCAGAGACAAAGGACGUUACAGAGAGACACUCUCGUUGGGGAUCGCACCCCUCCUCCCCAAGGCCCAGCAGACGAUCCCAGGAAGUGGGAGAAGAGGAGAUCGGCAGACUAAACCCCCUCCUCCUUGCCUCUCCUCACACCACUGAACAGCCACGGAGGUCAGCAGGCACCCUCGCCGCCACCUCAACUCCAGCGGACAAUCAGGAACAGAGGAACUCAGAAAGGACCAGAGCCCCCCCCCCAUUCCAGCAGACAGGGAGCAAGGAAGCCAUUGGAGAAUGGCCUCCUUCGCGUCCUCUGCUCCCCCUCCCUCACCACGGUGAGGUUGCGGUAUGUUUGGUGCCACUGGCCAAAGCAGGGGGUCGAAGUGGGCUGUUUGACGGCUCGGGGCUUGUCCAGUCUGGAGUUCAGAAGAACGAGGGGGACCUCAGUGGAAUCUACUGAGUAUUGAGAGGUCUAGUAGGCAUGGAGCGGGUAUUUCUGGUAGUGGGGGGGGCGGUCUAGGACCGGGGGGCACAGUCUCAGAAUACAGAGAUGAGGAGGAAUUUCUUUAGCCCAGAGGGUGGUGAAUCUGAGAAAUUAAUUGGCUGCGGAGGCCAGAUCGUUGGGUCUAUUUGAAGGGGAGGUUGGCAGGUUCUUGAUUAGUCAGGGCGUCAAAGGGUGUGGGGAGAGGGCGGGAGGGUGGGGCUGGGGUGGAAAAUAAAUCAGCCAUGAUGAAAUGGCAGAGCAGACUCGAUGGGCUGAAUGGCCUAAUUCUGUCCCUAUGUCCCGUAGAUUGGGGAGACCGUCACCCUCGCUCCACGAAUCAAACCCCACCCUUCCCCCAUCCUCCCAGAACACCUGGAUUUCCCUGGACCCCGAACAGAGGGAGGGAUGCUGGACCAGUGAGUUUCAAAAGCUGCAGGGGUGGGGACAGGAGCCCCGUCUCACCCCCCACUCCCCCUCAGCCCCGUCCCCAGGGGUUGCUGGGGGCACAGGGUGUAUUGUAGUUCACACCUGUGGCCUGGGGACAACAGGGAAAUUUGCCCAGUCCAUUCACACCGGCCAUCUACUGCCUGGUUUGACUUCCCAGCCCCUGCCCCCAAACGCUGGGGGGGGGGAAUUAACCAGGGAGAGCGUGCGGACUCCACACAGACGGAGCGGCGGAUGUGGGGAUUGAACCCGGGUCUCUGGGGCUUCCGGGCAGCUGCUCUAACCCCUGGGUCACGGAGACGUGGAGGUGGAGGCUGGGCCGUGGGGGUGGGACGAGGAGGUCAGCAUGUGGGUGGAGGAGGAUGGAGGGGUGAGGAGAGAGCCGGGGUGUUUUAUCGAGGUGGGGCAGAGGGAGAAGUGAGGUGAGCAGAGGAUGUGUUGGA